CAAAGUUUUGUGCAGUGUGAUGUUGUUUAGUUGCUGAAAAGAACUUAAUAAGUAUGAAUUACCAAGUGUUUUCAUUUAUGUUUAUCAUAAUAAUUUCACCUAUACUUACUCAUAAUUCAUUUACGAAUUCAUCUUUACUGGAUUCUUCUGACAACUCCGCAAAUCAGCGAAAAGAAAAAUUUUUUCCACUAUUCAGUGUAGUUCGAUUUGCGAAUUCUGAAUGCUCUGGGUCUAACAAUUUAAAUGGUACUUGCUUUACUCGUAGAGAAUGUUCAAAUUAUAAAGGUUCUUCAGCAGGUUCAUGUGCUAAUGGAUUGGGAGUUUGCUGUACAUUUAAACGAGAAUGUGGAACCACGACUAAUGUAAAUAAUACAUAUUUUACCAAUCCUGGAUAUUCUUACGAAGGUGGAGAACGAUGCAUGAUAACCGUUUAUAGAUGCAAUUCAAAUAUUUGUCAAUUGAGAAUUGAUUUUAUGGAAUUACGAUUAACUCAGCCUAAUGCUAGUGGAGUUUGUGAUAUUGACUUUUUGUUGAUUUCUGGAGCAUCAUCAAAUGUCCCAAGGAUUUGUGGUGAAAAUAAUAACCAACACAUGUAUCUAGACUUUAAAGGUGAUAAUCCUAUCACAAUUUCCGUUGAUACAAAUACUGAUUACUCAUUUUCACGUAGAUGGAAUUUGCGAAUUCAACAAAUAGCUUGUGAUUCACCAUGGCGAGCUCCUAAUGGUUGCCUUCAAUAUUACAAGACAGCUUCAGGAACUGUUACUAGCUUUAAUUAUGAUCUUGCAACAAAUCCUCGGGUUUUAAUGCCGGGUCAAGUACCAGGAACUCGACAAAUGUCUUAUUUGAAUUAUGGUGUUUGUGUGAGAAUGGCAGCUGGCUAUUGUACGAUAGAAUGGUCUCAAGCUGAUUCGUCUUCUUUUUCAAUAUCUGGCGAUUCUGGAAGUAUUGAUACAACGGAUGAUUCAGAUUAUGCAGAUUCCGGUGAAACAUGCGAUCAUAAUUUCGUUAUCGUACCUAAUCCUUCAACAGUUACUGGAGUUCGUUAUAACACAGAUCGAUUCUGCGGGAACAGUUUUCAAACAAAACAAAGUAGUACCAAACCAUUUGUUCUUUCUGUCAUAACAAAUCCAGAUCCAAAUGAGAAUGUAGAAUCAGGUCCCAAUGAUCCCCCAAUCAUCAAAGAUAUCGGGAAUCGUGGAUUUAUAUUAAAAUAUCGACAAUUAGCGUGUUCAGUUUAG